CUCUCUCUCUCCAAAACCUGUCUCACUUGCUCUCUCUCUUCUCUCUCUCUCUCUCUCUCUAGAACCCUCAUCGACCUUCCUCUGGAUUUUGCGUAAAGAAGGCCUGGUUUUGGUUUUUGUUAGAGUCGAAGUUGCCCGCCGAAUUUUUCGAGUAUCCCUGCCGUUCAGGUGAGAUUACACCUUUUGGGCUGUCAAAAUCAGACUCAAGGGUCAUCUUAAGCCUCUCUUGUGGAGGCUUCACCAUAGUCUUCUGCUUGAUCGUCUAAGGGGACACAAAGAUAAAGAUGACAGUUAGAGCUCCUGGAACACCAGCCUCAAAAGUGGAAAGAACACCUGUUUCAACACCAGGAGGCCCUAGAUCCAGGGAAGAGAAGAUCGUGGUCACAGUUCGUCUCAGGCCAUUAAACAAAAGGGAACAGUUAGCAAAAGACCAAGUUGCAUGGGAGUGUGCUGAUGACCAUAACAUUGUCUAUAAGCCGCAACCCCAGGAACGAGUAGCUCAACCUGCUUCGUUCACAUUUGAUAGAGUUUUUGGUCCUUUAAGCUUGACCGAAUCUGUCUAUGAGGAAGGGGUGAAGAAUGUGGCUUUAUCAGCUUUAAUGGGUAUAAAUGCAACCAUUUUUGCAUAUGGACAAACUAGCAGUGGUAAGACCUAUACGAUGCGAGGCAUAACAGAGAAGGCUGUGAAUGAUAUUUACCAGCAUAUAGUCAAUACACCGGAGAGAGAUUUUACCAUAAAGAUCUCUGGCUUGGAAAUAUACAAUGAAAAUGUCAAGGAUUUGCUAAAUUCAGAAUCGGGACGCAAUCUUAAGCUCUUAGAUGAUCCAGAGAAAGGAACUGUUGUGGAGAAGUUGGUUGAGGAGAAAGCAAAGAAUGAUCAGCACUUAAGGCAUUUGAUAAGCAUUUGUGAAGCUCAAAGACAAGUUGGUGAAACAGCCUUGAAUGAUAACAGCUCACGGUCACACCAGAUUAUACGGCUGACGAUCGAAAGCACUCUUCGUGAAAACUCAGAUUGUGUUAGAUCUUUCAUUGCAAGCCUGAACUUUGUUGAUCUAGCUGGAAGUGAAAGAGCCUCACAGACACAUGCUGAUGGUGCUAGACUCAGGGAAGGCUGCCACAUCAACCUUAGUUUGAUGACUUUGACAACAGUGAUUAGAAAGCUCAGUGUUGGAAAAAGAAGCGGCCAUGUACCCUACCGAGAUUCAAAGCUGACACGGAUACUGCAGCACUCUCUUGGUGGAAAUGCACGAACUGCAAUUAUUUGUACCUUGAGCCCGGCGCUUAGCCAUGUUGAACAAUCGCGAAACACUCUCUUCUUCGCUACUAGAGCGAAGGAAGUGACAAACAAUGCUCAAGUAAACAUGGUCGUUUCAGAUAAGCAGUUGGUGAAGCAUCUACAAAAGGAAGUUGCAAGAUUGGAAGCUGAGCUCCGAACCCCUGAUCCGGCGAAGGAAAAAGAUCAGAAAAUUCAAGAGAUGGAACUGGAGAUUCAGGAAUUGAGACGCCAAAGAGAUCUUGCACAAACACAGGUUGAUGAGCUGCGCAAAAAAUUCGAAGAGGAUGGGCAGGGCCAAAAUGUACUUGAAUCGCCUUGUCCUUCAGUGAAGAAAUGCCUUUCUUAUGCUGGUACAUUGACACCGGAAGAAGGAAGGGGACUGAGCCGCAGUGACAGGCCACGGAACAAAUUGCUGAGACUAUCUAUGAGGCAAUCGUCAACUGCUCCCUUCACACUCAUGCAUGAGAUUCGCAAACUUGAGAAUCUCCAGGACCAGCUCAGAGACGAAGCAAAUCGAGCUCUCGAAGUACUACAAAAAGAAGUCGCUUGUCAUAGGCUGGGAAAUCAAGAUGCAGCUGAGACAAUUGCAAAGCUGCAAGCAGAAAUAAGGGAAAUGUGUGCCGUCAGAUCAGCAGCACCCAAGGAAGUUGAAGUUGGAAAUGUCAUUGCAACUCACAAAAGUGUCAGUGCUAAUCUUAAGGAUGAGAUAACAAGACUUCAUUCACAAGGAAGCAACAUUGCAGAUCUUGAGGAGCAGCUUGAAAAUGUCCAGAAGUCUAUUGAUAAACUGGUGAUGUCUCUUCCAAGCAACCUUCAGAAUGGCAACAACGAAGCAACACCUAAGGCAAAGAGUCACACAAAAAGGAAAAAGCUGCUUCCUUUGGCUUCCAGCAACAGUGCUAACCGUUCAAAUUUCAUAAAAUCUCCUUGCUCUCCUCUAUCAGCUUCUAGACAAAUUCUGGAGGCUGAUUCUGAGAAUAGAGCUCCUGAGAACAACUGCGAGACUGUUUCUAAGGAUUCCUUGCAUGAACAUGAGAAAGAGAAUACUGCAAAGAAUGAAGACGGAGAAGUCACAUCAAAGGAAGGACCUCCGGGUUAUCGCCGUUCAAGUUCAGUUAAUAUGAGGAAAAUGCAGCAAAUGUUCCAAAAUGCAGCUGAAGAGAAUGUGAGAAGCAUAAGAGCAUAUGUCACUGAACUGAAAGAACGGGUGGCCAAAUUGCAAUACCAAAAGCAGCUUCUUGUUUGCCAGGUGUUGGAACUCGAAGCAAAUGAAGCAGCCGGACAUGAUUUACAAGAUGAUAACACGAAUGAGCCAGACCAGCCUCAGCUUCCCUGGAGUUUAACUUUCAAGGAGCAAAGGCAACAAAUCAUUGAGCUAUGGGAUGUGUGCUUCGUAUCCAUCAUCCACAGGACGCAGUUUUAUCUGUUAUUCAAAGGGGAUCCAGCUGAUCAAAUAUACAUGGAAGUGGAGCUUAGGCGUUUGACAUGGUUGCAGCAGCACUUAGCAGAACUUGGGAAUGCAAGUCCUGCGCAUGUGGGAGAUGAGCCCAUUGUGUCACUAUCAUCAAGCAUUAGAGCAUUGAAACGGGAGAGGGAAUUUCUGGCCAAAAGGUUGACCUCACGUUUGACCGCAGAGGAGAGAGAUGCCUUAUACAUUAAAUGGGAUGUGCCACUUGAGGGGAAGCAGAGGAAGCUGCAGUUUGUAAGCAAACUUUGGACAGAUCCUCAUGAUCCCCAACAUAUACAGGAAAGUGCUGAGAUAGUGGCCAAACUCGUAGGGUUUUCUGGAAGUGGAAACAUGUCAAAGGAGAUGUUUGAGCUUAAUUUCGCUGUUCCUGCUGAUAAAAGGACGUGGAUUAUGGGGUGGAACCAAAUCUCAAACCUUCUUAAUUUAUAAUCUACAGUAUUGAUUCUGUAAGUACACCUUUCAUAUCUCUUCUCUUGUACAUGGAAAUAGAACUUGGAGCUACUCUCCGGCGUUCUGAUUUUUUUCCCCAAUAUGGAGUGCCUCUAGAACAUUAUGCAACAUCAGCAUUUGGCAAUAUUAUCUUUUGUAAUUCUUAUCAGCAGAAUAAAGAAAAUUGAUUAUUCCCC